CGCGCGCAUCCCUAAACGCCAGACUCGGGCCUCUGAGCGCAUGCUGAAGCCAUUCAAGCCAGAGUCCCAGGCAGCCCCACAUACACAGGGAGAGGGGACACCUGCCUGGCAGGGAAGGCAACUCCUCAAGUACAGGAUAGACUGAGGAUAACUGAGCAGGCACUGAGGGGUCCGGGGUCGCCCUCCCACCAAAUGAUCUGCAUUUGACUCUUUCCUGUCACCUAGUAGUGGACUAUUCUGUGACAGCUGGGUAACCUGCAUUGAGUCUGUUCCAGCCGGUAACCUACAUCCCUUCAGCACCAGCCUGUUGGAUCCAUGUGGUCAUUGCCUGCAGUGAGUGCCAGCUUUGUGUCCAACACUCGUCCUAGGGUUCAUUUCACCUCCGAGCCAUCGGUACCUCCAGUAUCCUUUCUAGGAAUCUGGGUCUGAUUAAGGAGCUCUUGAGCUGUCAUUUCAGUACCACGGAUUGCGCCAUAAACUGGACUCCCUUCGGUACAAACUGGUUUGAGUAUUAUCCCUUAAAAAGCACCACAAACUGGAUCCCCCCCCACACACAGACUGGCACCUUAAUUAACCAUUCAUCAGCCUCUCUGAUCUGCAAUUCGGAUUCACAUAAAUUGUCCCCUGAACUCCCCCUGUGGUGUAUUCCGGAUCAGCAUCCCGUCCCUCCACGUUUAAUGUGAAUUAACUGCCUCCCCCCCUCGAAGGAAUAGUCCCAUCGGCAGUCCCUGUGGCAUAAUCCGGAUUCACAACCUCUUCUACCGCCUUCAAUCUGCGCUAAUCCGGAUUCCCCUUGAGCUGUCCCUUCAGCACCUCAUUUCCACACUACGGACCGUUGGUGCCCCUGUCCCUCCCUACAGGAGCAGAGCAGCAGAACAAUCAGUACAGUACUGGUUGCCUAGACAUUACAAUUGGGGACCGCACUAGAAGCAGUUACACCCCCAUUUAUCCAGCAGACUGGGGCACAAUCCUUGGAUGGGUGUCCCUGGCUUGGCACUAAGCAGUAGUAUUCCCAUAUAGUUGCCUAUCUGGCAGGCACUGAGCAAUAAGCCCUUCCCUUGGCACUGCAUGUCAGGCUGCCUCUCUGGAGUGGGUCAGUAUCUCAGGGGCCACAGGGAGGGGGCGCUCCCACUGAUGUGCAGCACUGGGUGGGGGAAAGCUGUCCCACCAUUCGUCCCUUCCAUGCUAUUAAACAAAUGAGCAAGGAUCUGCCCCAGUGGGGGGUAGUAGGCGGGAUCGCUGCGCUCGGCUCCUGUAUUGGCUACUCCGCUGGGAAUCUGUUGCUGCUGUCGCUGCGCGGCUGUUGCAGUAAAUCGCAGGGCUAGGAUGAGCGAUCCGCGCACGCAUGAGUGAUGCCUAACGGGCGACAUGGGCCAAGGGGACGAGACAGAUCGCAUCGUGAUCAACGUGGGUGGAACGAGGCACCAGACCUACCGCAGCACCCUGCGCACCUUGCCGGGCACCAGAUUGGCCUGGCUGGCAGAGCCCGAUGCCCACAGCCACUUUGACUAUGACCCGCGGGUCGACGAGUUUUUCUUUGACCGACACCCGGGGGUCUUCGCCCACAUCCUCAACUACUACCGGACCGGCAAGCUGCACUGCCCCGCCGACGUGUGCGGCCCUUUGUACGAGGAGGAGCUGGCAUUCUGGGGCAUCGAUGAGACCGACGUGGAGCCCUGUUGCUGGAUGACCUACCGGCAGCACCGAGAUGCAGAGGAAGCACUGGACAGUUUUGGGGGUGGCCCUGUGGACUGUAACGGGGACGACGGGGUCGGAGAUGGCACCGGGGACUCUGGGGAUGGAGAGGAAGAGCUGGAGAUGACCAAGCGCUUGGCACUCAGCGAUUCCCCAGAUGGCAAACCUGGGGGCUUCUGGAGGAGGUGGCAGCGUCGGAUAUGGGCUCUCUUUGAGGAUCCCUAUUCCUCCAGAUAUGCAAGGUACGUGGCAUUUGCCUCGCUCUUCUUCAUUCUGGUCUCCAUCACCACCUUCUGCCUGGAGACCCAUGAGACUUUCAAUCCUAUUGUGAAUAAAACGGAGACCGAGAUAGUUGGCAACGAGACCCAGUUCCGUUUCUACAGGGAGUCGGAGACAGAAGCCUUCCUGACCUACAUCGAGGGAGUGUGUGUGGUUUGGUUCACCUUCGAGUUCCUGAUGAGGAUUACCUUCUGCCCAAACAAGGUGGAAUUUAUCAAGAACUCUUUAAAUAUCAUUGACUUUGUGGCCAUUCUGCCUUUCUACUUGGAGGUGGGACUCAGUGGUCUGUCUUCCAAAGCUGCUAAAGACGUUUUGGGCUUCUUACGAGUGGUCCGAUUUGUCAGGAUUCUUCGAAUUUUCAAGCUGACAAGGCAUUUUGUGGGCCUGAGGGUUCUGGGACAUACCCUGCGUGCCAGCACAAAUGAAUUCUUGCUGCUCAUUAUAUUCCUGGCAUUGGGAGUCUUAAUCUUUGCCACAAUGAUCUAUUAUGCUGAGAGGAUAGGUGCUAACCCAAAUGAUCCCAGCGCCAGUGAACACACGCAGUUUAAAAAUAUCCCCAUCGGCUUCUGGUGGGCGGUCGUCACCAUGACCACGCUUGGAUAUGGAGACAUGUACCCCAAGACUUGGUCAGGAAUGCUGGUAGGAGCCCUAUGUGCUCUUGCCGGAGUGCUGACCAUCGCCAUGCCCGUGCCCGUCAUCGUAAACAAUUUUGGAAUGUAUUAUUCUUUAGCUAUGGCUAAGCAGAAGCUACCAAAGAAAAAAAAGAAGCAUAUCCCGCGCCCGCCCCAACUGGGAUCCCCCAAUUAUUGCAAAUCUGUUGUAAACUCUCCGCACCACAGCACUCAGAGUGACACAUGCCCGCUUGCCCAGGAAGAGAUAUUAGAAAUUAACAGAGCAGAUUCCAAAGUGAAUGGAGAGGUGGCCAAGGCGGCAUUGGCAAAUGAAGACUGCCCGCACAUAGACCAGACUAUAACGCCUGAUGAGGCCCUUUCCUUUACGCAGUCUAGCACUCACGAGAAAGGUGGGCCCUACUUUCUCCUUUCACCAGAGGAAUACCCCAGCCCACCUGAUGGCGGAAUAAGGAAGGUUGUGCAUAGAUGGCCCGGUGGAUAAUGUUGCCAAGUGAUACGACUCUCAGCAUGACCGUGCAUGGAAACCCCACUGCCCGAGUGACUUCAUCCUUUAGUACAUUCUGUUUUUCGAUACACUGCCGUAUUUUGCAUUCCAUAUUCCAAUGGAAGGUUAUAACAUGCUGUAACAGAGUAGCCAACAAACCAUGCCAUGAACUUUCUUCUGGGACUUUAAUUCUCCUUAAUUCUUGGUCCAUCAACCCAUCCAUCUCCUAGCAUGGAUCAGUAUCUAAAUGAUUAAUCAGCCUCAUCCAUGAUGUCUUGUUCCAUAAUAUUCUUCAUGGGCACGGCAUAUUAUUGGGGUACAAAAGUAUUCACUAGUGACAUACAGUAUAUCCAUAAGUGGGCAUUAUUUAUAUAUAUAUAUUGUUGGUGGGCCAUACACUGCAUGAUACUGGUUUAUAGGAAGAAGGGUGGAUGCAUCUUAUCAUAUCUAUUCAAGUGGCAAAUGCUCAUACUAGUAGAGUGUUAACCUGGCUGUUGUUGGAUCCGCUGGCUGCAGGAAAAAUUCGGAAACAAUUGAAGAUUCGCUAUUUCUCAGGAUUAUUUAUGAGCCAUAGGAACCCUGCGAGAGUCUGCAAGAAGCACAGUAGGAUGAAUUAUUGCAUGGGCACCUAAUACAUUAGAAAGCAAUAUUCAGAUGCAAUGAGCUCUCAGUUCUGGCUGACUGCAUGGGGAAAAUAACUCCAUUGGACUGCCUCUGCAUGUACUGCUUCUCCUCUGUCUUCUUUUUUUAAAAGCUUGAUGUGAGCGCACGUGGAAGAUGCUAAGUUUCCAUUGUGUUCCGUUUACAGGGAUGUUUUUGCAAAGGGCGUCCUGUCAUUGCUAAAUAUAUGCAAGCAGAGGCAGUCAGUGCUUGGGGAUGUUGGCGUGGCAGGUACUCAUCUUGGUGGAAGGAGCAGAGGCCAGCAAGUACUACUACUGCGCAGGAUAGACG